CAGGUAUACGUAUGAAUUAUGCCUUGCAGGAGCUAGAAUGGCGGAGAAUUGGCCCGAUCUGAGUUCUGUUACGAAUACAACGGCCGGUUGUCUGUUAUGUGGGGACGAUGAAUCUAUGGAUGAAUCGUGGUCGACAGUCAGUGACGAGUUUAACGGUAAAACUUAUAAGUCCCUGCUUCUGCAAGCGUGUGGAAGGAAAGAUCUCGGAGAAAUAAGCGAUGUGGCGGAUUUAUGCCCGCAGUGCUGUGGAAAGCUUGGAGAGUAUUCCGUUAUCCUGUCGCGUUUGGAGAAUCUGAGCUCUGACCUGAAAAUCAGCCUUCUCGGAAGACACCCCGGUUUGGCUGAAAAUGAUUGCAAGGACCGCAGAGCGAGGGUCGUGGUUACAGAAGAUUUGAAGACGAUGAUGAUCAGGGCACGGCUGCUAUCCGGAAUGGAUGAAUCAGUUAGCCUCCGAAAGCGAGCGCGAUGUGAUACGCCGACAAAAGACUGUCAAAGCCUUGUUCCCGUCUCAAGUUGUGUAUUCCAAGAUAUCAAGAACCUUGGAAAGUCUGGAUUUCCGAGGAAAUGCUCUUCAAGCGUAGAACUUGGUCUACGCAGAGAUGCGAAGGACGCGAAGCCACGAUUCCGUUCUGUUGUGACGAUUUCGGCGGAAAAUAAUAUCAGGAAAAAGACAGAGAAUAACCUGCUUGGAAGCAGACCCACGCUUUCCGUUAUUGUGAUUUGGGAUGGACCAUCUGAAACGAGGGCUGACUGGACAUGGCAGACGUUUGUUCCACCGGAUAUGUCAGUUGGGAAGCUGAAGCAAACGGCGUUGGCUCAUUUUCUCGAGAAAAGUGAGGCUUUGAAGGCUGAGAACUCGUACAAGUUGUUGUUUCCUGAAAAUGGUAGGAGACUCCUGGAAAGCAACUCCGUUGCGGAUGAAACGGGAAUUUCUGAUGGCAACCAAAGUCCAAUGGAGAUGAUUCUCUUCAAAGUUGGCGAUUUGUCCUCCACCGAAAAUAAAGAAAAGCCUGAAGACGCGGCGCCGACAUCCCCGGAAAUCGAAAGAGCAACUGCGACUGUACCCAGGGAAAACAUCGAAAGAAUGACCCAACUGCCUCCAUUGAUUGACGUACAAAUGCGGAGAGUCUUCCUCACGCUGCUGGAGACGUCGUGCAAGUUGCAGAGCGACGAUCCGAUCGUUUUGAAUUUGCUGAAGCAAACGUUGGAAAGAGUGCGGAAAAAGUGCAAGGAUUUACCGCAAGUCGACAAGAACAAACUGGGACAAUUGUUGGAACUGGGGUUUUCCACUGUAAGAGCCGUGCGUGCGCUGCGUAUGUUCAGACAGAAUCUUCGGCAAGCGACGGAUUGGCUCCUGCUGCAUCCAAUGUCAACAGACGAUCAUCUACGAUCCGGAAGAGGAAAUCGAUCAGCGUCUCCCACCGACAACGUAGGAGCGGAGGUUCGAGAAGCUUCUCCUGCACGAAACGGAGUCGUGAGUCAAGAAACCCCUCGGACAGUGACUGAUGAGAUCAGUGUUCAAACUCUCCAGGCCUCUGUUUCACCGGGGGACUUUGUGUUUUCACCGCCGGACAUGGAUACCCCGGAUCUGGAUCCCUUCGUGAGUUCGUCGUUGACGUAUUCUGUUCCGGCUUUGCCGACGGGUCCAGUGUCGACGACGGAAGUUCCGGAAAAGCCGUGGAACGUGUUGUUGGACGAGGUGAAGCAAGCCUUGAGGGAAUUUCAUCGUUUGCACUUUAUUCCGCAUCAUGGAGUUAUGCAAGCUUUGAUUGAGAUGGGCUUCAACGAAGAAGACGCGGAAAUUGCAUUGCAAGUGACGGGAAACAAACGAGAACCAGCGUGCGAGUGGCUGUUGGCUGGUAACAAGGCUCCUGGUGCUGCAUAUGAGACCGGGUUUCCUCGUGAGUGUCCGAUUAUACUGAAUAUUCUGGAGCAGACGCCGGUGCAACUGGCGUUGAUGAAGCCGAAAACUGUCGCU